AUGAUGUACGAAGAUGAGGAAGAAGAAAUGGAGCAGAUGGAAGAGGAGGAUGUAGAUCACGAUGAAAUCACAUCGGAACAAUGGCAAGAAGCGUGUUGGGUUGUUAUUAGUGCGUAUUUCGAUGAAAAGGUUGGUUGUUGGUUUUCGGAAUUAAAAAAAAUCUGAGCUUUGAACUCGAAUAUUCUGAAAGAGAAAAACAUCCAAAAAGCGAAUUUUCUUCUGAAAAUAACGGGAAAGCUGAAUUUCUUAUCAAAAACGGCAUUCGAGGCCUCAAGGUCUUGAAAAUCCUCGAGAUAAUUUUUCUAAAUACCUCAAAAAAAUAAUAAAACAUGAAAUUUCUAGUCCAGAAGUUAAGAUUUUCUGUUCGCCUUCAAAAAUCCAAUUUUCUAGGGUCUUGUUCGACAACAACUCGAUUCUUUCGAUGAAUUUGUGCAAAUGAAUGUUCAAAGAAUCGUCGAAGAUUCGCCACCCGUCGAACUCCAAUCCGAAAUGCAACAUCUUGCUGGCGACAUUGAAAAUCCUACAAAAUUCUCUCUAAAAUUCAACCAAAUCUAUCUCUCAAAACCAACUCACUGGGAAAAAGACGGAACACCAAUGCCACAAAUGCCAAACGAGGCAAGACUUCGAAAUCUCACGUAUUCAUCUCCAUUAUAUGUCGAUAUUACCAAACAAAUCACAUCCGAAGAUGGAACAACAGAAAAACCAUAUGAAAAAGUGUUUGUUGGAAAAGUGCCAGUUAUGCUUCGAUCAAGUUAUUGUAUGUUAUCGAAUAUGACGGAUCGAGAUUUGACUGAAUUAAAUGAAUGUCCAUUGGAUCCUGGAGGUUAUUUUGUUAUUAAUGGAUCGGAAAAAGUUUUGAUUGCACAAGAGAAAAUGGCAUCGAAUACGGUUUAUGUUUUUUCAAUGAAAGACGGAAAAUAUGCAUAUAAAACCGAAUGUAGAUCAUGUUUAGAGAAUUCCAGGUAAAAAUUUUAAAUUUAAACUUUUUCGGGGGUUUGAAAGCCAAUUUUUCGAGACCCUACUUGAAAACAACACCCUUUUCUUUAUUUCAGUCGUCCAACUUCGACAAUGUGGGUAAAUAUGUUGGCUCGCGGUGGUGGCGGUGGAAAAAAGACAGCAAUGGGUCAACGAAUCAUUGGUCUUCUCCCUUAUAUCAAACAAGAAAUACCAAUUAUGAUUGUUUUCCGAGCACUUGGUUUUGUCGCAGAUCGUGAUAUUUUGGAACAUAUUAUCUAUGAUUUCGAAGAUCCCGAAAUGAUGGAAAUGGUCAAACCAUCACUUGACGAGGCUUUUGUUAUUCAAGAACAAAAUGUGGCGUUGAAUUUUAUUGGUGCACGUGGUGCGAAACCGGGAGUUACGAAAGAGCAGAGAAUUAAGUAUGCAAGAGAAAUUUUGCAAAAGGAAUUGUUGCCGCAUGUUGGAGUGUCGGAACAUUGUGAAACUAAGAAAGCGGUACGUUUUUAUUUUAUUUUGAAAUUUGAAAAGAAUUUGAUAAAUUUUGCUGAUUUGUGCAAAAAUCAUUAAAUUUUGAAAAAGAGGAAAAAGCCAAAACAUUUUUAUUUGAAGUUUUCGAUUUUUUCGAGAAUUGUUGAGAAAUUGUAUUUUUUAACAAAAAAAAGCUCAAAUUUGCCAAAUUAUCGUGAAAAAAACAGGAAUUUUGAUAUUUUCUUCCAGUUUUUCAUCGGCUACAUGGUGCAUCGUUUAUUAUUAGCCGCACUCGGUCGACGAGAAUUGGAUGAUCGUGAUCACAUUGGAAACAAGCGAUUAGAUUUGGCCGGUCCACUUUUGGCAUUUUUGUUCCGAUCACUGUUCCGAAAUUUGUUGAAGGAAAUGCGAAUGACUGCACAAAAACACAUCAAUUCGAAAGGUGAUUUUCAAUUGGACACGUGUGUCAAAGUUACGACAAUUACACGUGGAUUGUCGUAUUCGUUGGCGACUGGAAAUUGGGGAGAUCAAAAGAAGGCACAUCAAUCGAGAGCUGGUGUAUCGCAGGUUUGUAAAAAUUGAGUUAUGACGUGGCAGAAUCUCAUUUAAUCAACGAUCUCUAAAAAAAUUACAAUGAAAUUUGUUGGUUCAAGCAAUCUGUGCUUCGAAAUUUCAGCUCUAAAAAUUUAGGCUUGUUUUGGCUAGGAAUAUAGGUUUAUUCAUCCCCAAAAGAAUUUUUCGAUCUGAAAAGCUCAAAAAUUUAGAAAUUUUAUACCACAAACUAGGCGUCGUCUGAAAAUUCUGAAUUUCAUUCUAAAUCAAUUUUUUUGCAGGUUUUGAAUCGAUUGACAUAUACUGCAACACUUUCCCAUUUACGUCGUGCAAAUUCACCAAUCGGUCGAGAAGGUAAACUCGCGAAACCACGUCAAUUGCAUAAUACCCAAUGGGGAAUGGUUUGUCCGGCUGAAACACCCGAAGGACAAGCUGUCGGUUUAGUCAAAAAUCUUGCAUUGAUGGCCUAUAUUUCUGUCGGUUCAUUGCCUGAACCAAUUUUGGAAUUCUUGGAAGAAUGGAGUAUGGAGAAUUUGGAAGAAGUCUCGCCAUCUGCUAUUUCUGAUGCUACGAAAAUCUUUGUGAAUGGCGCUUGGGUUGGUAUUCAUCGUGAUCCGGAUCAUUUGAUGUCAACACUUCGAAAAUUGCGAAGACAAAUGGAUAUUAUUGUGUCGGAAGUUUCGAUGGUUCGAGAUAUUCGAGAUCGAGAAAUUCGAAUUUAUACAGAUGCCGGAAGAGUUUGUCGACCACUUUUGAUUGUUGAAAAACAAAAAUUGGCGUUGAAACGAAAACAUAUUGAUAUGUUAAAGGAUAUUGAUGAAGCCAAUAAAUAUACGUGGUCGGAUUUGGUGGCUGGUGGAGUUGUUGAAUUGAUUGAUGCUAUGGAAGAAGGUGGGUGCCACGUGGCAGACGUGAGAAAAUUUAAGAUCAAAGAAUUUUUGGCGGAGAAAAAUCCACAUAGCAAUUUCGGGUUUUUUGGCUAAUUUUCAAAGAACAAUAAUUUAAUUCUAAAUUAUUGUAAAAAAUUCGUUCUUUUAUCCACAAAAUUUAUUUUAUCUUCAAAUCCUGAAAAAUAAAAAGUCCUGAAUUUUUCCGAAAUUAUCAAAUUGUUUGCAGAAACAUCAAUGAUAGCAAUGAUGCCCGAAGAUCUUCGAUCUGGUGGUUAUUGUGAUACUCACACGCAUUGUGAAAUCCAUCCAGCAAUGAUUUUGGGUGUCUGCGCCUCAAUUAUCCCAUUCCCUGAUCACAAUCAAUCUCCACGUAAUACAUAUCAAAGUGCCAUGGGAAAACAAGCAAUGGGUGUUUACACAACAAAUUUCCAUGUUCGAAUGGAUACUUUGGCACAUGUUCUCUAUUAUCCACAAAAACCACUUGUCACAACUCGUUCAAUGGAAUAUCUUCGUUUCAAUGAAUUGCCGGCUGGAAUUAAUGCGAUUGUUGCGAUUUUGUCGUAUUCUGGAUAUAAUCAAGAAGAUUCGGUUAUUAUGAAUAAUUCGGCAAUUGAUCGCGGAUUAUUCCGAAGUGUUUUCUAUCGAAGUUAUCGUGAUAAUGAGGCGAAUUUGGAUAAUGCAAAUCAGGAAUUGAUUGAAAAACCAUCAAGAGAUAAAUGUUCAGGAAUGCGACAUUCGUUGUAUGAUAAAUUGGAUGAUGAUGGUAUUAUUUCACCUGGAAUGCGUGUGUCUGGAGAUGAUGUGAUUAUUGGAAAAACUGUUGCUUUGCCUGAGAUUGUGAGUUUUUUUUGGUAAAUAACUGCCGAAAUUCAUCAAAAAAAUCCACUUUUUAAAUGGAAAACCGAGAAAAAACAAAUUUUGAAUUUUCGCUUCUUCACAAUUUCACUGUUUCAAAUAAUUUCCUUAUUUUUCCUCCAGGACGAUGAUCUCGACGCCACCGGCAAAAAAUACACAAAACGUGAUGCUUCAACAUUCCUCCGAAGUUCUGAAACUGGUAUUGUUGAUCAAGUAAUGUUAUCAUUGAAUACAGAUGGAAAUAAAUUUGUGAAAAUUCGAAUGCGAAGUGUUCGUUUACCUCAAAUUGGUGACAAAUUCGCGUCUCGACAUGGACAAAAAGGUACAAUGGGAAUUAUGUAUCGACAAGAGGAUAUGCCAUUUACGGCCGAAGGAUUGACACCUGAUAUUAUUAUUAAUCCACAUGCUGUUCCAUCUCGUAUGACAAUUGGCCAUCUUAUUGAAUGUUUGCAAGGAAAGGUUGGUGCAUUUUAGAGAUAUCUAUCAAUUUGAAAAUUUAGGGAAAAAAAUUACAAUUACUUAUUCACAAAUUUUUUUUUUGAAUUUUUGACUUAAUUUAUACAAAUUUAUCAAGAGGCAUCGCUUGAAUCGCUCUUUUUUCUUUCAAUUUUGAUUUAAAAUGUUUUGAAACCUAUUUUUUCCUGGAAAUUUUCAUGUAUUUUGGCACUUCAAUGUUUGCCUAGAAUAUUUCAAUAUUAUUUUUUUAACGAUACAAAUUUUGUUCCAGCUUUCCGCAAACAAGGGAGAAAUUGGUGACGCGACACCAUUCAACGAUACUGUAAAUGUGCAGAAAAUCAGUAAUUUAUUGAAUGAAUACGGUUAUCAUUUGAGAGGUAAUGAAGUUAUGUAUAAUGGACAUACUGGAUCGAAAUUGACCACACAGGUGAGCAGAUUUUUUGAAAUGUUUUUAUGUUGAAAAAUUGGAAAAAAAUGAUGUUUAAUAUGAGCAAUGGUGCAGAAAUUUUCCAAAAAUAUUUUUUUUAAUAGGAGAAUUUUUCAUAGCAUUUUUCAUGUUAAGUGUAUUUAUCUCCGAAGACCUUUUUUUAAUUCAAUGUUCUUGAGGUUAAUAGUUGUUAUUAUAAUAUGAGCAACUGGAAUAAUUUUAAUAAAACAAGCGUUUUUAUUUUCAAAUUAUUUAACCCGAAACCUUUUUCUAACCUGAGAAAUUCCCACCCUCCCAAAAUAUGCAAUAUUUUGUUUCAGAUCUUCUUUGGUCCAACCUAUUAUCAACGUCUCAAACACAUGGUCGACGACAAAAUCCAUUCACGAGCUCGCGGACCAAUUCAAAUGAUGAAUCGUCAACCAAUGGAAGGACGUGCCAGAGACGGAGGAUUGCGUUUUGGUGAAAUGGAACGGGAUUGUCAAAUUUCGCACGGUGCCACACAAUUUUUGCGAGAACGUCUUUUCGAAGUGUCGGAUCCAUAUCACGUUUAUAUUUGCAAUAAUUGUGGAUUGAUUGUUGUGGCGAAUUUGAGAACGAAUAGUUUUGAGUGUAGAGUGAGUUUUUUGAAACAAAUUUUCUUGAAAUAAAAAAAAGACCUAGAUUUUUAUUCAAAUUUUCAAACAUUUUCUGAUUUUCCAACAACAAAAAAUAAAUCUCAUAAUAUGAGAGCAAUACCUUUAAAAAUUAAUUAAAUUUUACCUGGAAAUCUGAAAAUUUUAUCAGAAACUAAAAGUGUCUAAAAUAACAUGAAAAUCUGAAAAUUAAACAAAAAUUUGUCGAAACAACAAAAAAGCGACAUUUUGAAAAUAUUCAGUUUUUAAUUUAAAAUUUCUGAAAUUUUCCGUUUUCCUCUACGAAAACAAUUUUCAAUUUUUUCAGGCGUGCCGAAACAAAACUCAAGUAUCAGCAGUUCGUAUUCCAUACGCGUGCAAAUUAUUAUUCCAAGAAUUGAUGUCAAUGUCGAUUGCACCGCGUUUAAUGGUUCAACCCGGUCCAGUAAAUUAA